AUGCCAAGGAAAGGAAACGUCUUAUUCACAAAUAAACACAACAGAAGCACAUUUUAUGAGGGGAAACAAAAGAAGAAAGGAUAUUUGAUUGAGAAGCAGAACAACAGAGAAGAUGGGUGGGAUACAGAUUUAGAAACACCGUCCAAAGACGAACAGAGGGGUCGCAGAACGACAGAUAUAACAGGGAAGUCAUCGUACUUACGAGCGUGUCGUAGGCUCGGAGUUCCACCUGUUUCUGUCGUACUUGACACGAUUCAUACUUCGGAGGUCGCUUUGCCGCAUCACGGGUUAGGGCCCAAGGGUGGUAGGGCACUCGCAAGGGCGCUCGUUAAAAGCACCACCGUUGAGAAGCUCGACUUGCAAGAAAACAGCCUAGGCGAGGAAGGAGUGGAUUACCUCGCCAGAAUGUUACUCGAGAACUGUUACAUCACAUGGAUGAAUCUCUCUGGAAACGUGAUUGGUUCGAAGGGAGCUCGAGCAAUAGGGGGCGUCCUCAAGGAAAACCAAUCUCUUCAAUGGCUUGAUCUGUCUUUUAACAACUUUGUUGACAAGGAUGCGAAAUCAAUUGCUGAGGGUUUAAAUAGCAGCACAACCCUUCGAUUCCUUAACCUGAGUCAGAACUCAUUUCGUGAGGCUGGCGGAGAGCUACUGGGUCCUGCUCUGGCGGAAAAUAAUAGCAUCACCGAGCUGAAUCUGAGCUGGAAUCAUUUGAGGCUGAAGGGGGCGAUCGCGAUCUGCAAAGGUAUGGGGAAAAAUAGCUCGAUUAAAAUCCUUGAUCUGUCGUGGAACGGUUUCGCCGACGACGGAGCGGAAGCAAUGGGACACGCGCUAAAAAAUAAUGACACGCUUCUUGAAUUGGAUCUGAGCCACAACCGCGUAAAUGAAAGAGGGGCACUGGGACUGGCUAAGGGUUUGGAAAUCAACCGAAGCCUUCAAGUGCUGAAGAUUGGAUUUAAUCCUCUCGAAAACUCUGGUGCUUAUACUUUUUUAAAAGCAAUCAAAGGAAACCCGAAUUCAGCCUUGGAAGUACUCCAUCUCGACAACAUCACUUUAAAGGCGAACUUUGAAAUCCUUUUAGCAGAAUUAAUGAAAAGCAAACCUGCCUUACAAGUCACCCAUGCUGUCUCUAUCCAUAACAGAAAAAGAGGCUCUGAAGCCAGUUACCAAGACAACCAUGGCGAUGACGUCGGAGGGCGAAUGAAGCACGAACUGUUAACGGCGCUAAGGACAUUCUUGUCGGAGAAAAGACUUCGUGCUUUGGACCUUUUCAACUGCUUGGAUAAGGACAAGACACAAAGUGUGUCGCCGGAUGAAAUGUUUAUUGGGCUGAAGAAACUCAACGUGCCGCUAAGUGACUUACAGUUGAAGAGACUGAUCCACAUACUCGACAAAGACGGAGACGGUGAGAUCAACUAUGGAGAGUUCGCAGCUGUCAACGUAAAAUAA